AUGUCGCAUGAGAGUAUUCAUGGAGAUUAUCAGCAAGAUUUCAUGAAUGGUACUGAACAAGAUUACAAUAAAAUCGCAGAGCAGACAACAGCGGCGAUAACUGCUCAAGGACAACCAUUAUCAGUGGCUAGUAAUGGAUUAGCAGAUGCAAAUUCUACAGCUCUUCCUCUUCCAUCAAAUCAAAAACAACCACCACCAAAACCAUCUAAGUCGAAUCGUCCAACCGAUUAUUCAAGAGCUCUAUGUCGAAUGUUUUUUCCCACUUCCGGUCACAUGGGUUUUGAAACUAUCAAAAUCUCGAGUGAAUCACCCACAAUUGAAACUAUACGUGAGAUGAUUGCCUACGAAAUACGUAUACGUUUAUCCGAAUCCAUCCAACAGCUCAUGGAUGUAUAUUAUAAGGAUGAAGGAGCUAUUACCUUGAUAUUGGAUCUUAUUCAACAACAUGUUGUGGAAUCCUUUGGAUACCGUGAUGUGAACGCAUUACGUACUGCUUUGUAUCGAUUUCCAGACGAACCUGCAGUUAAAGAUGCUUUUUACAUCAAACACAACAAAAUCACACAAGGUCUGAUUACACAAGAUCAAUGUAUUCGUGACGUCGAUUUGUUUACUAUGGAAGGUCAUCCUACAAAUCUUCUAUCGCAUAUCCCGGCUGGUCAACCAUUGAUAUUGUUGGCCGGUUCAACUAGCUGA